CAUUGCUGUUCCAAACACAUCGCGACGACAUGGACUCCACCAUAGCUUCGAGCCAAGACAUCAACACCAAUCAGCUAGUUUUGGCUGAUGGUCGUACCCUCUCAUACGCAAUCUACGGUGCUUCCUCGCCAUCUCAUCAUGCCUUUUACUUCCACAGCUACCCCGCAUCACGACUGGAGGGAGCAAUGCUGCACGAUGCGGCGGCCUCCCACAACAUCCAGUUGAUCGCCGUGGACCGGCCUGGCAUGGGCUCAAGCACCUUUCAACCACAGCGCUGCAUCCUCGACUGGCCACUCGAUAUCACUGCACUUGCGGAUCACUUGCAAAUCCCCCAGUUCGCAUGCAUCGGCAUCUCGGGCGGCGGCCCAUACGUGCUCGCGUGCUACCACAAGAUCCCGCGCACAAGGCUCAAGGCUGCCAUGAUAGUGGCAGGUCUCUGGCCCAGGGUUCUGGGGACACAAGGAAUGCUACUGGAGUUGCGCGUGAUGCUGGCCCUCGGUCCGUGGGUGCCCGGCUUAGUGGCAGCAGGGAUAGAUUAUAGUCUGGGGAAAGCGGCUAGAGACACCGAACACCCGGAGGUAUUUGCGGCGACGGUGGGCAAAAUGAUGGAAUCUCGCACCGGCGUGGACGCAGACGUGUGGAGGGAGGAUGUGGGCGGCUUCAGGGAGAUUGUCCUUAGCAACUUGCGCGAAGCGUUGAAAAACGGGGCGACGGGUUCAGCGCACGAAGCCAAGCUGUUUGGCAGCGACUGGGGCUUUUCUCUCGAUGAGGUCAAGGUCCAAGAGAACACACUUGUCAUCUGGCACGGAGGGCUGGACAAGAACGUGCCUCCUGCGAUGGCUGAAAAAGCAAGCGCAUUGCUACCGGGAUGUCAGUUCAAGCUGUUUCCGGAAGACGGACACGCCAGUUUGACUGCAAGGAAGACCACCGAUGUUCUAGGCCAGGUAAAGGCGAUGAUGGAGGCUUGAAGCUGUGGUAGGAUCUGGCGAGGUCUUUGUGCUAAGACGGCUUGGUAUUCCCACUGUCCGAAACACCAUCUGGGCUUGCUGUCACAUUGUGAAGGAACUAUGGCUUCACUGCUGGAAUAAAGUGAGCAUUCUAGCAGCGCCUCAGGGUUGUAUUGGGAUUAUUGGGAGUCCUUUUCCCUUCAAGUCACCCGAACACGGCAUUUCCUCAGGUGUUGGGCCACCCUUUCCAAGAGGACAACGCAUUUGAGUCAACCUUGGAAUGGAAUUCUGACGCGGGUAUAUAGUGUACAAUUAGAGCCCUUUCUUCCAACCAAAACCGGUUAUUGCCCGGUUAGCUCAAUCGGUAGAGCGUGAGACUCUUACGAGUACACAAUCUCAAGGUUGCGGGUUCGACCCCCGCAUCGGGCU